GAGAACAACAUCUAGGUACUUCAGAUAUGGCCCAGACUUAUAAUCAGAAGAAAAAUGUGUACAGCAUCGAUCAGAUACUGGGUCAUGGCAAAGAUGAAGACCACGCGACAUCAUCCGAUGCUGUGGUUGAUGGUGGCGAUAUGGAGCUCGGUCACCUGAGCGAUCAUCAAAUCAACGACGCACUGCACGAUCCAUUAAGUCUGGGUGAGUCCGACCGACCACGCAAGGUGCGAAGAUCGCGUACAACUUUUACGACCUAUCAGCUGCACGAGCUUGAGAAAGCCUUCGGGAACACUCAGUACCCGGAUGUGUUCACCAGGGAAGAACUGGCGAUGAGAUUAGACCUUUCGGAAGCUAGAGUGCAGGUAUGGUUUCAAAAUCGGCGUGCAAAGUGGCGCAAGAAGGAAAAGGCUUUGGGCAGAGAUACGAGUUUUAUGCACGUUGAACAAGGCGGUGUUAACGAGUUGUCCCUUCACGCGCGGUUAUUGCAAACGGCCAGCGGCGUUCCCGGCACGGAUUCCUCGGGUCCACCGACAGGCGCAUUUCCUUGGUUCAUACCUCCGGUUUUCCCAUCGCCCUGGCCACCGAGCGCACCUAAGCUGCCGCCAUUACACGCGCUCUUGUCGCAAUACAUCGGCCUGCCUUUGCCGCAGAACCUGGCGUCACUCGGCACGAUGCUUCCGGUCGGUCUGAAUCCGAGCUCGUCGCUGAAUCACAGCAGCGUGAACGGACACUCCUUGGGCGGCCACUUACACGGUCAUCCUUUGAAUCUCGGUGUACAGAACAUACCACAAAACCUAAGCUCGAAGAAUGAUAGGGAAGAGGACUCGGCGUCGUCCGACGACGAGAUCAGGAAGCAGAGCGCGGAAGUGCUGAGAGUGAAGGCGGAAGAAGCGCUACGCAAAGCGGACAAUUAA